UUCAUUUUGAUAACAGUGUUAUAUGCGAUAGUCUACCAUCACUCCGCCAGGCAAUAUUGACCAGGUAUGGCUACAGCACCUGAUUCUGCUCCUACAAAACAAAUAGAAGAACUCCUGAAAUGCUGUAUUUGUAAGGAAACUUUGAAUGAACCAAAGUCGCUUCCCUGCUUUCAUUCGUUCUGCAAGAAAUGUCUCGCGAGAUAUAUUGAGGUUCAACGCGAGAAAGCUGAAAGGGAACGACGGGUUCAGCUUCUGUUCCACUGUCCCAUGUGCAGAACCCAGUUUGAACUCAAGCAAGGUGAUAGCGUGGAACGAAUUCCGCCAAAUUAUUUCAUCAACAACUUGUUAGAAAUACUGCCAGUCAUACAACAACAAACACAGAAGCUACAUUGCGAAUCUUGCAAAGUAGCUGAAGCAUCAGUCACAAGCAGAUGUAUUGAAUGCGAACGUUAUCUCUGCAAGAAUUGUUUGACAGUGCACAACAACUGGCCAGACUUCAAAAAUCAUGACGUGAUGACGUUGGCAGAAUUAGCAAAACCUGAGAAUCAAGGCAAAGCAAGAGGAAAGCCACGUUGUAAAAAGGAAGGACACGGAAAUAAACAUUUCGAGUUUUAUUGCAAUACCUGCCAGGAACUGGCUUGUAUUAAUUGCGUUGUCUUAAACCAUUCCAAAGCUAACCAUGACUAUCAUCCUAUCGAGACAGUGGUUAAGCAGCACAAGAAAUCUUUGGAAACAACUUCCGCUAAGUUACAGAGGUCGUCUAACGAAGUUAAAACAACCUUACAGAAAAUAGAUCGGGCUACUCAAAAUCUACAAGUCGACACUAAAAGAGCUAAAGAUAUGAUUCUGCAACAAGAAAAAGAAAUCUUGCAAAAGUUAACGCAGAAAGUAAAACACAACACAGCAGUCUUGCUUGAGGAAGUCGACAGAGCGCACAACAUGUUCAACCAACAACUGGUGAAACAACAUAACGAGAUGAAAGCCUAUCUUGAGAAGGUGAACGGUUCACUGGAUUUUGCAAAGAAUAUCAUCGAGAAAGCCAGCAAUGAUGAAAUCCUCUUGCUUAGCACAAAAGUCCAGACUAACGCCAGUGACAUAAAGAAGGAAUGUCCAAAGAUUUUGGAACCAAUUUAUGAUGGGGGCAUGAAAUACCAAGCAAAUUCAUCCGAAACUAUUGUUGGUAAAAUAAAACUUGAGAAACCAGGAAAUUGUGACUUUGGUCGUUUAAGGCGGGAUAUUGCCCCUGCAGAUGUAGUACGUACAGUUAUGUGCAAGAUCAACCAUCUUGGAGGGCAACAUUGAACAUGCGAAGCAACUUGUAGAGUGGAUGGAAGACAAGAAGUUUAGUUGGCAACUUUGUUAUCGAGCUUCACGUGAUGGUUGGGACGCAAACGAAUUUCAUAGAAGGUCUGAAUUUGCUGGACGUUCAGUGACCUUGGUGAAAUGUGGAACCAACAUCUUUGGUGGUUUUACUGAACAAAGGCUUACAAAAUUUAUGGAGUUUAUACGUUCGUCAUUUCUGUUUUCAUUGAAAAAUAAAGAGAAUAUGCGGCCAUUUAAGUGUCCGAUCAAGGAUGGUAAAAAUAACAGAGCCCUCUGCUGUUGUCAUAACUGGGGAGUAGGCCAAGUAGCCUUUGGUCGUGGUGAUCUGGUCAUCAACUUCAACAUCAACACAAACCAAAAUUCAUACAGCGUCCUUGGCAACACAUAUCAACCUCCUCCAGGAUAUGAACCUGGAGCGCCUCAAACCAAUGCUCUGUUGGCUGGCAGCUACGAAUUUACCCCAUCAGAAAUUGAAGUUUUUACGACGUAAAAAUACAGUUAAAACGAAGGUGAAAUUAAUAGAGACCUUUAUAAUGACGUUUAAGGCAAAUUUCAAACCUUUAACGAGUGAUUUGCUUUUUUUUUAUUUCUGUUAUAACAGCUUUUUACCAGUGAUUAUACAAAACAAGUUUCCAAAUCCUUUCAACCAGGGGGGUAGUGUGACUAUCUUAACUGGGAGGGGGUGCAACCCCUGCGUUUUACCGACGAACACGUGGCACUUGAAGCGCGUCUAAAGCAAGAGUUAGGGUGAUUUAUACCGGCGAAAAAAUUUAAGCCGCGACCAAAAUAAGUCGCGAAGCUAAGAAAACGCCUUUCUCUUCUUCCCUGAAGUAGGCAAACACUGAAGGUAGUUUUGGGGGCAUAAGAUCCAGCAAUUAU